CGGGCAGGCAGAACAAUGAGACGGCAAGUACUGUUCAUGUUCAUCUUCUACCUCGACUCCGUGAUAGGGCAGGUCACCUAUUCCAUUCCGGAGGAAAUGGCAAAAGGCUCUUUAAUAGGUAACAUUGGUCGAGAUUUGGGUUUAGACGUCAAAAGGCUGAAGACUGGAAAAGCCCGCAUUUACACGGGAGACAGCGCUCAAUAUAUCGAGCUGAAUAGAGAGCGUGGAGUCCUCCUUGUCAAAGAAAAAAUGGACCGCGAGGUGCUUUGCAAGCAAACGACGCCUUGUGCUUUGCACUUCCAAAUUACACUUGAAAAUCCGUUGGAAUUAUUCCCGAUCACGGUGGAAAUCACGGACAUCAACGACAAUGCACCAGAAUUCCAAAAAGACGAGAGAAAAUUUGAAAUAAGCGAAACUGCCGUCGUGGGUUCUAAAUUCAUGCUUGAAAAAGCGUUUGAUGCUGACGUAGGACGGAAUGGUUUGCAGAAAUACACCCUGAAGCCGAGCGACAAUUUUAUACUUAAGCUGCACAGUCAUUCGGACAGCAGCAAAAAAGUCGAAAUGAUUUUGCAAAAGCCGUUAGACAGAGAAAAACAAGAGCACUUAUCUUUAGUUCUAACGGCCGAGGAUGGAGGAGAACCACAGCUGACGGGAACAAUGCAGAUCCACAUCACUGUUCUGGAUGUAAAUGACAAUGCGCCAGUAUUCAGCAAGGCUGUUUACAAAGCAAGCAUCACUGAGAAUUCACCUAUAGGGACCCUCAUUACUAAAGUGAGCGCGACAGAUGCAGAUAAGGGCGCAAAUGGAGAAGUGAUGUAUGUAAUAGGAAACAGCCCAGCAGUGUCAAAGUUAUUUCACAUUAAUAGGGAGGGCGACGUCAUUCUAAAUGGUCAAAUAGAUUAUGAAAAAGAGAAAAAUUACCAUAUCGACAUCGAAGCUAUUGAUCAAGGGGGGCUUUCUGAUUCCAGCAAAAUUAUUAUUGAUGUCAUUGAUGUAAAUGACAACAGCCCUAUUGUGAAUACGAUUUCUUCAUCUGGCUCAGUACCUGAAGAUGCCCCAAUCAAAACUGUGAUAGCUUUAAUGAGCGUCAGUGACCCUGAUUCUGAAUCUAACGGGCAGGUCAAUUGCAUAAUAGGUGAAAAUAUUCCAUUUGCAAUUAAAAUAACAUCCAAUAAUUUCUAUAGUUUAGUGACAGACAGUGAUUUAGACAGAGAGAGUUCGUCUGAGUAUAAUAUCACAGUGACAUGUUCAGAUGAGGGGGUGCCAUCCCUUUCCAGCAGCAUCACUCUCAAUUUGCACAUCUCAGAUGUGAAUGACAACACACCUGUUUUUGAGAGGCUCUCAUACGAAGCCACCGUUGUAGAAAACAACACACCAGGUCUUUCUGUAUUCACUGUAAAGGCCAGUGAUGCUGAUUGGAACCAGAACGCUCGCAUUUCUUACAUUCUGGAGGACUCCUCUGUUAAUGGAGUGCCAAUCUCCUCAUACGUGUCUGUUAGUGCUGAGAGUGGUGUCAUCCAUGCAGUUCGUUCUUUUGACUACGAGCAACUCAGAGAGUUCCACUUCCACAUCAGAGCUCAGGAUGGCGGCUCCCCUCCCCUGAGCAACAACGUGAGUGUGGCCAUCCUGAUCCAGGAUGCCAAUGACAACGGCCCUCAGGUCCUCUACCCAGUCCAGACAGGCGGCUCGGUGCUGGCUGAAAUGGUUCCUCGUUCGGCAGACGUGGGCUACCUUGUGACUAAAGUGGUGGCUGUGGACGUGGACUCUGGACAGAAUGCCUGGCUCUCUUAUAAAGUGCACAAAGCAACAGACAGGGCGCUGUUUGAAGUGGGCCUCCAUAAUGGAGAAAUAAGAACCGUCCGCCAAGUGACUGAUAAAGAUGCUGUCAAACAAAGGCUGAGUGUUGUAGUGGAGGACAACGGGCAGCCUUCUCGUUCAGCUACAGUCAUUGUUAAUGUUGCAGUGGCAGACAGCUUCCCUGAAGUGCUGUCAGAGUUCACUGACUUUAGCAUGCACGACAAGGAGUACAAUGACAAACUGACUUUUUACUUAGUGUUGGCUCUUGCUGUGGUCUCCUUCCUUUUUAUCACAUGCUUGCUGCUUAUUAUAUCAGUCAAAGUGUACAGAUGGAGACGGUCUCGCAUCUUGUACCACUCCAACCUGCCUGUCAUACCGUAUUAUCCGCCACGCUAUUCGGAUACUUUGGGGACAGGGACUCUCCCCCACGUUUACAACUACGAGGUGUGCAGGACUACUGACUCCAGGAAAAGUGACUGUAAAUUGAACAGGGCUGGUAGUCACAACGUCCUUGUGAUGGACCCUAGUUCUACAGGGACCAUGCAAAAGAUAUUCAGAGAAAAGAACAUCCUGGAUGAACCUGACUCUCCUUUUGAGGUUGGUUACUUUUGCUUUUAA